UACGUUUCGUGCUAUUCCUCUCUCUCUCUCUCUCUCUCUCUCUCCUUGUUCGAGAGAAAAUUAAAAGAAAGGUAGCUCUUUUAUUCAAAGAUCCAAACUUUGACAAUCAAAAUUCCACACAGAACACGAAUCAAGCGGUGGAAUUCAGACAAGGGAAAGAAGAGAUAUGUCGUGUUCAUCCUCAUCUGGAUCAGAUGAAGACGAUGAGGGCUUCGAUGCUUACCGUAAAGGUGGAUAUCACGCCGUUAGAAUCGGAGACCAGUUUUCCGGUGGCCGCUACAUUGCUCAGAGAAAGCUUGGUUGGGGACAAUUCUCCACAGUUUGGCUUGCCUAUGAUACAUGUACUUCUAAUUAUGUUGCUUUGAAGAUUCAGAAGAGCUCCUUACAGUUUGCUCAAGCUGCACUUCACGAAAUCGAACUACUUCAAGCUGCUGCUGAUGGUGAUCCAGAAAAUACCAAAUGUGUUGUUCGUCUUAUUGAUGACUUCAAGCACGCAGGUCCCAACGGGCAGCAUUUAUGCAUGGUGCUUGAGUUUCUUGGCGAUAGCUUGCUCCGUUUGAUCAAAUACAACCGUUAUAAAGGGAUGGAGUUGAGUAAAGUACGGGAGAUAUGCAAAUAUAUACUGACUGGUCUAGAUUAUUUGCACCGUGAACUCGGUAUGAUUCACUCCGACUUAAAACCUGAAAACAUUCUUCUUUGUUCCACCAUUGAUCCUGCCAAAGAUCCCAUCAGAUCCGGACUAACACCAAUACUAGAAAAGCCCGAGGGGAACCAAAAUGCUACAUCAACAAUGAAUCUGAUUGAGAAGAAACUGAAGAGGAGAGCAAAAAAAGCUGCUGCUAAAAUAUCUGGAAGAAGAGUUUCCAUAGUAGGUUUAAGUGAAACACCGACAAAGACCAAGAGAAAUUUGGAUGGAAUCGAUAUGAGAUGCAAAGUUGUCGACUUUGGUAACGGAUGUUGGGCUGAUAAGAAAUUUGCCGAAGAAAUACAAACAAGACAGUACAGAGCUCCUGAAGUAAUACUUCAGUCAGGUUACUCUUACUCUGUUGAUAUGUGGUCUUUCGCUUGUACUGCUUUCGAGCUAGCCACAGGCGAUAUGCUUUUCGCUCCAAAAGAGGGAAAUGGUUAUGGAGAAGACGAGGACCACCUUGCUCUUAUGAUGGAACUCCUAGGAAAAAUGCCUCGAAAGAUUGCCAUUGGAGGUGCAAGAUCAAAGGAUUACUUUGACAGACACGGCGACUUGAAGAGGAUCCGGAGAUUGAAAUAUUGGCCACUCGAGCGUUUACUGAUCGAUAAAUACAAGCUACCAGAAGCAGAAGCACGGGAAUUUGCGGAUUUUCUCUGCCCGAUUAUGGAUUUUGCGCCUGAGAAACGACCAACUGCUCAACAGUGUCUGCAACAUCCAUGGUUGAAUCUCAGUACACAGAACAAUGAAGAUCAGAUAGAAGGUAAGAUGAGUAACAUGCAGAUCAAAGGUUGAAGAACAUCUCUUGUUCUUGAUUUUCUUUUGCUUACAAAUGAUAUAGAAACUGCUCUCUCUCUCUCUCUCUCUUGGGUUCAUUCUUUGGUUCGUUUCAAAUUUUGAAUAUUUUUGAAGGAAAAUUUGUUUGUUUGUUUGUUUUUUUUUUCCUUGUGUUGGGAGAUAUGAUUAGUGACUACUGUAUAACAAUCAGUUUCAUAUAAACAUAUAAUAUCAUCACAUUGCGAUGCA